GCUAGCGGUGACGUUAGAUUUAUGCCAUAUGGGAUGAAUCCGACACUGCCUUUGCUCACCUUCCGUUUGGCAUGGCAUCAAAAGACACUAGACAAUUCAUUGAAAUUUCGAGGAGCAGAGAUGAAAGUGCGAGGUUGUUUGUGAAAUUUGAUAUUUCUGAUACAACAGAAGAGAUGUGCGGCCCCGCGAUUGGGCCAGAGCAGGGGGUGUAUGCCUUCUCGUACCUCUACCCAUUGGCCGAUAGGAGGAGCUUGCAAGGGGGUCUUUUGUCGAAACCCCGAUCCGGAUUUUAUUCCGAAUACGCAACACGGAAAGCAUGAACUCAGAAAUUCAAUUUUCAUGAAAUUCCCAACAGUUUUCCACAUGGAAAUCGAAGGAGACACCAGUUCUUCUAAUGAGUCCAGUGGCGUGCAAUAUUCCCAGAGUAUGAGUUCUAGUGGAUAUCCCGAAAAUAUCUUUUUCUCGAUGAACGAAAAAUUGGAUCCUUAUUAUCUCGCGAAUAAACUGAAGAGGGAUCUCAUUUUGAGUCCCAGCAAUAAUAAUAGUAAUGGUGUUCAUGACAAGAUGAAAAGUGACGAAUUGGCUAAGCAGGUUGUGCUUUACGAUAGUUAUGGGAAAAAAUUGACCGAGAACCGGAAAAACGCUGUGGAAUAUUUCGCGAACAAAAACAAUAGUGACAGUAAUGAAGUGAUUCAGUUCAACAAUCUGAGUGGUUUUGGAAAGAAAUCCAUCAGUUUUUCGUCGGAACAAGUGCAAUGUAUGUGCGAAGCUCUACACCAAAGAGGCGACAUAGAUAGGCUGGCAACAUUCCUAUGGUCUCUACCGUCAUCAUCACAUCUUCGAAGCAACGAGAGCAUUUUGAGGGCAAGAGCUGCAGUUGCUUUUCACAGAGGUUCCUACCAUGAACUAUACACGAUUCUCGAGUCCCAUUCCUUCCAUCCCCGUUGGCACGCUGAUCUCCAAGCUUACUGGUAUAAAGCUCAUUACAGGGAAGCAGAAAAAGUCAGGGGCAGACCUUUAGGCGCUGUGGAUAAAUACAGGCUGAGAAAGAAGUACCCUCUGCCAAAAACGAUAUGGGAUGGGGAGGAAACAAUAUAUUGUUUCAAAGAAAAGAGUCGAAAUGCGCUUAAAGAAUGCUACACCAAGAAUCGGUAUCCAACACCUGAUGAGAAAAGAUCGCUUGCAAAGAAAACAGGUCUCAGUUUGACGCAAGUGUCGAAUUGGUUCAAAAACCGACGCCAACGUGAUAGGACUCCUCAGCCUCGACCUGAACUACUAUUGGGAAAUAUGUCGUUAGCACAGGGAAACAUGUCAGCGCAUCAUCACCAGGGUGGCAUCGAUAUGGCAGCCUUCCAAGCGGCAAGCAAACUUUUUGAUCCUUCCUGCGGAGUACCGAACUGUUAUCAGGACUACCAGCUACCAUAAAACUUUGUUGUUUGUUAUAUGAAUUUUAUAAUAUAUGUAUAUUUGUGUAUUUUGUGAAUAAAUUGUAUAUUUCGAUGUGA